GAGAAUCCAACGGGAAAACAUCAACUACCAGUCACAUCAAAAAUGACUGAAGCUGAACCCCUUUUACAGGUCCUAGUUGGGGGAAGACCUGUAGAGAUGAUGAUCGACACCGGGGCGGCAUAUUCAUGCAUUUCCGCAAGGGAGGCGUCCCACCUCCCCCGGUCAGGCGAACUAAUAAAAACCGUUGGAUUCUCAGGACUGACACAAUUGCUCCCAAUGACCACCCCCACUGAAAUAAAAAUCGAUAAAAAGACUUUGCUGUUGCCUUUAGUGGUGUCAGAAAAAACACCCCUCAAUUUACUUGGAAGAGAUGUACUCUGUCAGCUAAAUUGUAUUCUCUCAUGCACGACCCAGCAUGGGGUAAUGAUUGACAGACCUGUGCCACAGAUGAUGCAACAGCUAAGCAAUGAAGCAACGGUGUUUUGGCUGGGGGGCAUCAGAACUGCUCUUGAGUCCAUGACAUCUGGCUGGACUCAGGAACUGGAGUCCCUGAUACCAUAUGCCCAUCCCCCAACCUUGGACUAUCAUUGCACUUUGCAAUAUUUCCCCACAGUCGACUGUGAGAGGAAUGACAAAUGGCUGAAGCAACAGCCCCGGACAGUGCCAAUAAUAAUGAGGGACAUCUUCAUCGGUCCCGAGGGGGCAGCAGUGGCGGUAGAGGAGACGCCCUAUGAGGCAAGUCAACACACAAUCAAAGACUCUCUGCCUCAUGUCACGCUACUGAUAAAUCCAGGCCACAGGGCCCGAGAUCUGGGGCCUAUGGUGGCAGAAGCUUCAAAACUAAAGUGGCUACCGACAGACAGACCGCAGGUCUGGCAAACAGAGGGGGAAAAAUACUUCAAACUCAGGGCAAAGGCUGAAGGCCUCUCUGUCCCCCAGGUUGUCAGGCUGCCAGAGACAAGACCCAAAGAAAUGACUGUGGAAGAGAGAUGGACCCAAAUGCUCUCAAGAGUGCCUCCUGAGUUAUGGUCGGCACACGAAACAGACGUGGGGUUGAUCAAGUCAGCACAGCCCGUUCAAGUCACUCUAAAGCCGGGGUGCAGACCUCCAAGGGUACGCCAGUACCCUUUGAAAAAAGAGACAGAGGCAGGCAUUGAGCCCAUCAUCAAAGGACUGCUGUUGGCCGGUGUGCUGAUACACAGUCGGUCCCCUGCCAACACUCCUAUUUGCCCAGUGCGGAAAGCAGAUAGAUCAAAGUACAGACUGGUGCAUGACCUACGAGCCCUGAAUGACGUUGUGCAAGAAUUGGAGGCGGUGGUUCCAAACCCACACACCCUGUUGACCAAUGUGCCAGCAACAUCAAAGUACUACACAGUAGUCGAUCUGACAUCGGCAUUCUUUUCAGUCCCUCUGGCAGAAGAAUCGAGGGACCUGUUUGCCUUCACAUACAAAGGACAAAAAUUGACUUACACCAGAGUCCCCCAGGGCUACAUUCACUCCCCGCAUUGGUUCAACCAGGCCCUAAAAAGGGAUCUGGCAGAUAUCGGUGAGCAAAUAACAUCCACGCUGAUUAUGUAUGUAGACGACCUGGCAUUGUGCUCAAACUCAUUGGAAGAAUGCCAUCGGGACUCAAUGACACUGCUAACAGCACUGGCGAAGAAAGGGCACAAGGCCUCACAGGAAAAGCUACAGUACUGUCAGCCAAAAGUACAGUACCUGUCUCGGACGCUGGGAGCAGGCACCAAGGGGAUCUCACCAUGCCAUCUGUUGGGAAUAUCACAAGCCCCAAAGCCGCAGUCAGUGGGGGAUUUGAUGACGUUCCUUGGCCUGACUGGGUACAGUGCCGAGUGGGUGAACGAGUACACAGCAGUAGUGGCUCCGCUACGAGCCAUGAUGAAGGAAGCAGGAGUCACCUCGCUACAGGCCAAGGUAAAAUGGACGGAAGAGGGGGAGAGAGCAUUCACCCAAAUCAAGCUGAGUUUACAACAGGCACCAGCGCUGGCCCUCCCAGACUACGAGAAACCUUUCUUCCUAGAACCUGAUGGGUUAAAGGCCGGGUAUGCAGUGGUGGCAAUGACAGGAAAGGAGGGGUUCGCUACACAAAAGGCUGAGGUAUGUCAACAACCAUGCUCGGCCCAAAAAGCGGAACUAGUGGCCCUAACCGAGGCCUGCCGGUUGGCCAAGGACAAAACGGUAAACAUUUACACAGACUCGUCGUAUGCGCAUGGGGUAUGUCAUCUUUUUGGUUCGAUUUGGAAAGCUAGGGGGUUCAGAAAAACAGAUGGAUCCCCUAUACAACAUCACGGCCAGGUAGUGUCUUUAAUUACCGCCAUGAUGUUGCCAAAAAGAAUUGCGAUAAUAAAGUGUAAAGCACACCAGAAUGACCGCUCGGCAAUAACCAUGGGAAACACUAAGGCAGACGAGGCAGCCAAGCAGGCGGCACAAAAAGCAGGAGGUACAGCAGGGGUGUUGACAGUAGUGCAGAUAACACCAGAACUGUUUGACAAAGACAUGGCAGAGCUCCAGGCUGCUGCCAGCCAAACUGAACAGGAAUUGUGGAUACAAAGAGGUGGAGUCAAAGGGCCAGAUAGAGUGUGGAGAAAUCAUGAGGGAUUGAUCAUGGUGACAUAUGACUCGUUACCUUCUGUCAUUUCAGAGGCACAUGGGGUAGACCACUGUAAGCGGGGUGAGACCAUCAACCGAAUCCGAAAAAUGGGAUUGUGGUCCCCGAAUCUAAAAGCGCAAGUAGUUUCGGUUUUAAACAAAUGUGACAUCUGUUUGAAAAAUAACGCAAAAAGGGGGGUGGAGACAGCCACUGGGUUCACGCCAAUGGCAGGUGGACCUUUUGAACACAUCUGCGUCGAUUUUGUUGAUAUGAUUACUCCGGUUCAUGGUAAACGGUACAUGUUGGUAUUAACUGAUCGAUUUAGUAGAUGGAUAGAAGCCACACCAGCUAAACACCAGAGCGCUGAGACAGUGAUAAAGUUCCUGACCAGGGAAAUCAUUCCUAGGUUUGGGAUUCCCUCAAUAAUCAGCUCUGAUAACGGCAAGGCAUUUGUGGACAAAACGGUAAAAGGAUUUUACCACAGGCUGGGGAUUCAGCAGAGACUGGGGUGCGUGUAUCACCCACAGUCGCAGGGGAUAGUGGAAAGGGCAAACGGUACCCUCAAGGCCAAGCUGGCCAAGAUUUGUGCUGCAACAAAGCUUAACUGGGUCGAUGCCCUUCCCAUAGCACUAAUGAAGUACCGUAGUCAGGAGCAUAGGAUAACUAAACUUACCCCCCAUCAGAUACUGAUGGGCCGCGACAUGCCAGUACCGGAGUACAGGCAUCAGAACGAGUCCAGAACAAAGCCUGACGGGUUGAGCUCAGAUGUUCAUGCCUUUGUGAAACAGGUCUCUAAGAUCCACCAGGCCAUACACCAGCAGGAGGAGACGAGAGGGGCUGCUGCGGCAGGAGCGGGCCCCGGACGUCAUCAAAGUCCAACCUGGUGACCGGGUCUUCAUUAAAACCUACCGCAGGAAGUGGAACACACCUAGGCGGGACGGCCCAUAUACAGUAACCCAAGCAACGGCAACGGCAGUACAGG